AUGACGAUCCACGGGAUACGGACAGCUGCUGCCCAAACAAGCAAAGUCAAGAAUGGCGUGGGCGCAUUCAUCUUGCAAUGCAAGAAGAUGGAAUUCCACUACUGCGACUGGGCGGGCAGCUCAAGAGGCAUGAAUGGCUUCAUCAAAGGCAUCCUCCCCAAGUUUGCGGCUGCGAACCCCCAGAUCGAAUUCUCCAUUUCUCCCCGGCCCAACAAGCAUCCCGUCGUCACCGGACACUACAUCAACGGCCGCACAAAACCUGUCUGCGUCCGGAACCUGUCGCCCUACGAGAUCCUCGAGAAAGUCGAGUUACUACGAGACGCCAGCGGAGAGAAGCUCAUAAAGGCGAAUAAGGCCGUCACCAGUACAAAGGACAGUGUUAGAGGCAUCUGGUCGCCCUUCCACGGCAAGGGAGAGCCUGUGUGA